AGCUCGAAAUUAUGACUUCUCUCGUGUUUAAUGACAAAAUGAUGGCGGAAGAGGGUAUGAUGGUUCCACAAGCGGAACAAAAGCCAUCCAUCCUCUUUGACACCAAUUACGAAGUUGUUACACAAGACCACUUGGUAGAAUUCGACUACGUGUAUGCUCCCGGCGAAGGAGAAGCCGAUGCGAAUCCUGAAAACCUGUUCAGUAACGUCUUCCCGUCAGAGCUGCCGAUCAACCUGACUGGUCAGGAUGAUAAAAGUACUAUGACAGCAAAGGAGAGACGAGCGGCUGCGGAUAGAGCUAAGUGGCAGAGAAUGUCGGAAGAGCAGCGAACUGCUCUCAAUGAGCAAAGAAAGCGUCGUCGCCACAGUAAAUGUGAUUCCGAGCAGAUGAAGGAGGCAAAUGCGAAGAAGGCGGAGGCGGCGAGAGCCAGGUAUCAUCAAAUGUCGGAAGAGGAGAAGUUUGCCUACAAUCGACGGAAAUAUGAGUCACGAAAGCAGCGGAAGACAGAGGAGCGGCCUCUCAUUGAUAUUGAAUCUUUGAUGCCAAUGUUAGAGUCCAAACCAGAUGUUGCGACGCAAGAGUUCAGCUAUGCUCCCGAGCAAAGAGAAGCCGAUGCUUCUAUAAGUUCUGACCAAAAUGGUGAUGGAAGUAAUAUGACAGCAAAGGAGAAGCGCGCGGCUGCGGAUAGAGCCAGGUAUCUGAGAAUGUCGGAAGAGGAUCGGAGUGCUCUAAAUCAGCGUCGGAGAGAGAAGCAUUCCGUAGAUGUUAAUCUGGAAGCUGUACGGGAGAAGAAUGCGAAGAAGGCGGAGGCGGCGAGAAUCAGGUACCAUCAAAUGUCGGAUGAGGAGAAGAUUGCCUACAAUCGACGGAAGUAUGACAAAUUUCGAAAGCGGCGGGAGACAGAGGAGAAGCUUCUCAUGGAUAAUGAUGCUUCGAUGUCCAUGUUCGAAUCCAAUCCCGAUGUUGCUACGCAAGUGUUUAGCUAUGCUCCCGAGAAAGGAGAAGCCGACGCUUCUAUAAGUUUUAAAGAUGGACAGCUCUACCAGAAUGGUGAUGGAAGUAAUAUGACAGCGGCUGCGGAUAAAGCUAGGUGUCAAAGGAUGUUGGAAGAGGAGCGAAAGGCUCUAAGUGAGAAUCUUGAAGCUGCACGGGAGAAGGUGAAGGAGGCGAAAGCGAAGAGGGCGGAGGCGGCGAGGAUCAGAUACCAUCAAAUGUCAGAUGAGGAGAAGGUUGCCUACAAUCGACGGAAAUAUGAGACACAAAAGCGGCGGGAUGAAGGGUUUUUUAUGGCUAAUGAUUCUUCGAUGUUCAUGUUCGAAUCCAAACCCGAUAUUUCAACCCAAGAGUUCAGCUACACCUUUGCUCCCGAGCGAGGAGAAGCCGGCGCAAGUUCUGAAGAUCUUUUCGACAACACCGUCUUCCCGUCAGAGCUGCCGAUCAACCUGACUGGCCAGGAUGAUAGAAGUAGUAUGACAGCGAAGGAGAAACGGGCGGCUGCGGAUAGAGCCAGGUAUCAGAGAAUGUCGGAAGAGGAGCGAAAUGCGCGUAAUGAGCGUUGUCGAAGCAGCAGGAAUUAUGGAUCUGAGAAGAUGAAGGAGGCAAAUGCGAAGAAGGCGGAGGCGGCGAAGAUCAGGUACCAUCAAAUGUCGGAUGAGGAGAAGACUGCUCACAAUCGACGGAAAUAUGAGUCACGAAAGCAGCAGCGGGAGGAAUACGACAAGCUUCUUGGGGUUGAUGAGCAUGCUUCGACACCAAUGUUCGAAGACACCCCACAAGAGGAAGAGUUCGACUACGACGACGAGUAUGCUCCAGAGGAAGAGGAAGUCGACGCCGCUUCUGCGAGUCCUGAAGAUCUUCUCAACACCAUCUUCCCCUCGGAUGCCCAGCAUGGCCAGGAUGAUAGAAGAAUCGUGACAGUUAAGGAGAGACGGGCGGCUGCGGCGAGGGAUCGGUAUCAUAAGAUGUCGGAAGAGGAGAAGCGCCUUCACAAUCAGCGUCGUCGCUAUAAAAAGUAUGGAUUUGAUCCGAAGUCCCGGGAGAUUAACCUGGAAGAUGUGCGGGAGCAGAUGAAGGAUGCGAACGCGAAGAAGGCGGAGGCGGCGAGGGUUAGGUACCAUCAAAUGUCGGAUGAGGAAAGAUUGGCUCACAAUCAGAAACGAGCGGAGACACUUCGGAAGCGGCGGGAAGAAGAUGAGAAGCUUCUCACGGCGAAUGAUGCUGCGGUGAGAUUGGCUAAAGCUCAACAGAUUGCUAUACAGAAUGCACGGAAGGCCGAGGCGGCACGGCUUCGGUAUCAGAAGCUGACGCCUGAGGAGCGGAAGGCGUUGAAUAGGCGGAAGGCGGAAGCGAGGCGGAGCUAAAUAUCUUGUUUUAUGUUUUUGAAUCAUUAAUAAAUUAUAUUGA